AUGCCUGCCGUGCCCACAGCAUGGGCCCCGAAUCGCUACCCGCCCGCCCACCGCUCGGACCACGUCGAUGUCUACCAGAGCGAGAAGCGCGGCGACUGGCUCGAGGAGAACAGCUCUGACACCGACGCUUGGACAACCGCACAGGAGGCCUUCACCCGCGAGUAUCUCGACAAGAACCCCGAGCGCCAGGAGCUCGAGGACGAGAUCCGCAACAACUUGAACUACGCAAAGGACGACGGCCGGUGGUACUGGUACUACAACAGUGGCCUCCAGGCACAGUCCGUCCUCUACCGCUCCAAGGAUAGCACUCUGCCCGACUUCUCCAGUCCUAACCUGCUGUCCACCGACGGCACUGCGGCGCUCGCCACCACCGCAUUCUCCCGCUCGGGCGAUUACUGGGCUUACGGAAUCUCCCAGUCGGGUAGCGAUUUCUUCAACAUCUACGUGCGGCCAACGUCGGAGCCCCUGGCUUCGCUCGAGGACUCGCGCCCGUCUCACGACGACAAGCGGCUUCCCGACGAGCUCCGCCAUGUGAAGUUUUCUGGCAUUACGUGGACACACGACAACAAGGGAUUCUUCUACCAAGUACAGAAAGGCAGUGUCGGUAUUGAGACCAAGAGCGACAAAGACGCGAUGUUGUACUACCACAAGGUAGGCACCCCCACGGAGGAUGUGCUGAUUUACAAGGACCCAUCAAACCCGACAUGGAUGUGGGGCACUGAAAUCACAGAGGUUGACGGACGCUACCUCAUCCUUACCAUCAGUCGGGACACAGGACGGAAAUACCUCGUCUGGGUUGCCGAUCUCGAGAAGAGCCCACUGGGACCUGACCUGCAAUGGGACAAGCUCGUCAACGACUGGGAAGCAGAAUACCAGUACAUCGCAAACGAUGGAACAAAGUUCUAUUUCGUCACCAACAAGGAUGCUCCCCGAUACAAGCUUUUGUCUGUUGACCUCGCAGACCCUCCGGAGAAACGCGCCUGGACAGAGGUCAUGGACGAGAUCCACCUCUACGAGCUCUCCACCGGCAAGCACCUCGAACGCAUUGCCCUGAUCGUGGGCUCUGCCGAGUCCUGGUGGUUCACCACCCUCUCCGGCUUCACGAACCCAGGGAUCGUUGGCCGGUACGACUUUAAGGUCGCAGAUGUCGCGCAGCGCUACAGCGUCUACCGCCAGGCGGUCGUACCUGGGAUCAACUCAGACGAAUUCACGGCGGAACAGGUGUGGUACACGAGCAAGGACGGCACCCGCGUGCCCAUGUUCAUCGUCCGCCACCGGGACACGCCGCGGGACGGGACCGCGGCGGCGCUCCAGUACGGCUACGGCGGGUUCAGCUACGCGAUAGGCCCAAGCUUCAGCUCGUCAAUCCUGACGUGGCACAACUGCUUCGACGACUUCAUCGCGGCUCAGCUGACCCGUCACAGGCAAUACCUCGUCGACAAUAAGUACGCCGCGCCCGGAAAGAUCGCAAUGAACGGCGGUUCGAACGGAGGUCUCCUUGUCGCGGCGUGCGUGAACCGUGCGGCAGAAGGGCUCAUCGGCGCUGCGGUCGCAGAUGUAGGCGUGCUGGACAUGCUGAAGUCGUCUGGAUUGCCCAUGCUGACUUGGGCGGCAGGACGGGCAUGGACGUCGGAUUACGGUGACCCGCACGACCCGCACGACUUUGACUUCAUCUACCCCAUCUCCCCUCUGCACAACAUUCCGACAGACAGGGUCCUCCCUCCGCUCAUGCUGACCACUGCGGACCACGACGACCGCGUCGUGCCUGCGCACUCGUUCAAGCACGCGGCGACACUGCAGCACAUGCUCCCGCACAACCCAAACCCGCUCAUCAUCCGGAUCGACAAGAACGCGGGCCACGGCGCGGGCAAGUCGACGCAGAAGCGGAUCCAAGAGUCCGCGGACAGAUACGGGUUCAUCGUACAGUCUCUCGGCUUGAAGCCUCGAAGUGCAUAG